ACUAAGACAAAACACUCUCCUUCCUAAUUGUCAACAUCUUUCUUUCUUUCUUUCUUUCUUUCAUUCAUUCAUUCAUUCUAUUACGGUGCCUCAUAUGAAGUUGUGAAUCAUGGCAUCCUCCAUUAGUUUGUAAUCAAGAAGGAAGGAAUCCAAGAGGAAAAAGAUUCAUUGAGGUGAACUAGCGGAGAUACAAGCUGGCUAAUCCAUGGUGGGCGGGUCAUCUGAGCCUUCCAAGGCCGGGGCAACCGAUGGCCGCUUCCUUAGCCGUCGCUGGUCACCCCUGCAGGAAGCUGGACGAGGGCGAUGCCGUAGACGACGACGAGAUGCUCGCUUCCAAGGAAUCAGAUGAGGCUGAGGACGACCCCAAGGAGGGCGCUGUGGAGGCUGGCCCCCGUCGCCCCCGCGGGCGCCCUCCGGGUUCCAAGAACAAGCCCAAGCCGCCCAUCUUCAUCACCCGAGACAGCCCCAGCGCACUCCGUAGCCACGUCAUGGAGGUCGCCUCCGGCGCUGACGUCUCGGAGUGCAUCGCCCAUUUCGCCCGCCGUCGCCAGUGCGGCAUCAACGUCCUAAGCGGCUCCGGCGCCGUCGCCAACGUCACCCUCAGGCAGCCAGCAGCCCCAGGAUCCGCCGUCGUCGCCCUUCAGGGCCGCUUCGAGAUCCUGUCGCUUGCUGGCACGUUCCUGCCCGGAGCGGCGCCGCCCGGAUCCACCGGCCUCACCGUGUACCUGGCCAGCGGCCAGGGACAGGUGGUUGGGGGAAUCGUCGUGGGGGCACUCGUCGCUGUGGGACCCGUCAUAGUGGUUGCAGCCACCUUCUCCAACGCCAUCUACGAGAGGUUGCCGCUGGAGGAAGAGGAUGAGGGCUUGUUGCCUAUCGCCAGAGUCGGCAGUGGCGGAUUAUCAGCAGAUCCGUCUUUGUUGAGCAUGUACAACUUGCCGGCGCCGUAUUUAAACGACCCCGACGGCCUAGCCUGGGCUCAUCCGAGGCCGCUGUCAUUCUGAGCCGCCGGCCAAGGUAAAGAAAAAAGACCACAAAUUGAAUAAAGAAGACGCCGGUGAGCUUUAACUUGUUGCUAUAUAAUGAUUGUGUGUGUAAUAAAUGUAUGUAAUUGGCGAUAAUUUAGGCCACAUGCAAUUGAGAAUAUAUACAUAUAAUUAGCAAUUAGGCAUUUGAAGGUGGAAGAAGAUCAAUUAAUGGCCGUUGCUCAACUCAACAGCACAUUAUAUCUGUCGAUUAAACUAUAAAUAUAUGUAACAAAGUUGACAAUGAUCAUUGUGUAUAGUUUGAUAUAUAUUCCAGUUGGCUUAAACAUUAA